GCAGAUUCAUACCUCGUAGCUCCGUAGUAACUGUACAUGCGAUCAUGUGACUCCAUGGUCCGGCCCGCCUCUCUCUUCCUCUGUCCUCUCACAUCCCUCGUCUCAAAGUCUCUUCUGAUCUCAGCCCCGCCUGCCUCUCUUGUGAUCUGUUACUUUAGCUAUAGACGAUGGGCGGGGCUGAGAACGGACAUCAGGGGAGAUGAGAGGCAGGUCCGAGCAUGGAGUCACAUGAGGGGAAAGUAAUAUACACACGGAGACAUGAGGUUGUAGAUUUAACCUGUUCAAGGAGAACAAAAAUGGUACAGUCAGCUUGAAAUUUCAAAUUCAGCUGUUGCAUCAACGAUUAAAGAAGAUCAAUAAUUUUACCGUGAUAAUGGCAAAGAGUACAGAAGUGAAGAUUGCAGUGUUUGGCAGAGCUGGCGUUGGUAAAUCUGCUCUUGUUGUGAGGUUCUUAACCAAGAGAUUCAUCUGGGAGUAUGAUCCCACCUUAGAAUCCACAUAUCGGCAUCAGACAACAAUGGAGGAUGAGAUUGUUACUAUGGAAAUACUUGAUACUGCGGGUCAGGAAGACCCUUUGCAAAGAGAUGGCCACAUACGCUGGGGCGAAGGUUUUGUCAUUGUUUAUGACAUCACUGACAGAGGAAGUUUUGAAGAUGUCAUGUACUUUAAGAACUUGUUAGAUGAAGUAAAAAAAACCAAGAAUGUUACUUUUAUUCUAGUAGGAAAUAAAGCAGACCUGACACAUUCACGGCAAGUUAGUACAGAAGAAGGAGAGAGACUGGCUGCAGAGCUGUCCUGCGCUUUUUACGAAUGCUCUGCAUGUACCGGUGAAGGAAACAUCACUGAUGCUUUUUAUGAACUAUGCCGAGAAAUAAAACGUCGCAAAAUGGUUCAAGGAAAGACUAGAAGAAGAAGUUCUACGACUCAUGUCAAACAAGCUAUUAACAAAAUGCUAACUAAGAUUAGUAGCUGAAGAGAGAGGAUCGAUGUGUAUGAAGCUGAUCUCUGUCUUCGUGCUUAAAAAUAAAUAUGUUAGCUAGUA